AUGUUUCCGGAAUCAAAUUUCGGUUUCAACGUUGCAGUCGUGACUUCCUUCCAGUUUGCCACUGUCAAGCUUCGUUACUUCCUCGCACUCACGCGGGCCUUCCUCGAACGCGUCCCAAAGGGCAGGCAGCCUGGCGCUAACUCGAUCAGUCUCACAGCACUUCCUCUUCGUCUUGAGAGAAAUGUCCUGGUCUUCUUCAACCCAUCCUCGCUGCCCUCGAGAUAUUGCUUCUACUGCCGACCAGACACGAUGCCACUGGACGACGCACCCAGAUCGACCGCCUCGCGCAUGCUUCGCGGUCUCAACCCAUACCGAGACAUCAUCGACGAUGGCGCCUGGCAGGAGACCAUUGAGGUCGCCGAAGAAGAGGCAGAGACCAGGGCGCAGACGCUCAAGCAUUCUACCCGCUCUUCUCGUCGAGGCCAGGCUGAAGUCAUCUACGACAUGAAGUACCACCCGAUGGACCAGGUCACGCGACCAAACGCCCGAGCGACGCAGCGACACCGCUCCAAGUCCAUUUCCUUCGCCGAUAUUGAGGAUACAUCUUCCAAGACCGAAGACGACAGUGCGCCGUCUUCUGUUGCUGACUCUGAGGAGGAAGACUCCCAAGACGGAUCUUCCGACUCCGAGAUACAACUCAUCUCGUCUCCGCCGAGGAAACAGGAUCCGCGCGCAGUCCGACAUUCUGCGCGCGGCGAGGCGCAGAAGUACGUGAAUUACAGCAAGAAGCAUCAUCCUCAGGAUGUCGACAUACCGGGCUUCCAGCACAAGACCAUGUAUGCUGCGGCCGUGGAGAGCACCAGAUCUACUUCGAAGCCAACUCCAGCCUCUGUCAAGCGGGCUUCACCGAACGAAGAUGAGGACGGCUUGGAGGACACUUCUGCUCGCGGAGGACCGCCACGGAAGAAGCUUAGCAGCGUGGAUAUGAGUACAAUGACUAAAUUCAAGUCCAAGACUAAGUCCAAGAAGAAGGCGAAAUCGAAGAGCCCACCAGCACGAAGCAAGGCAAAGGCAAAGGCAAUGAAUAAGCCGAAGGGAGCAAGUAAGAAGGGCAAUUCCAGGAAUGAGCAUGAUGUCGACGCCUUGGUCGAUGCCGCUAUUGCUGGCUCACAGGCUCCGGGUCCGAAGAAGCCUACGGAAAAUGACAGUGAUCACGCCAAUGAGCCCCAGUCCGAAGAGAAGAGCAAGGACUCGUCUGACGAUCUUGAUGCACUGGUCAAUGCUGCUAGUCCUGGAUCCCAGGCAUCGACGGGCUUUCCCUCGUUGGUCGAAAUCGGUGAUAGCGAGGAGGAGAGUAGUGAUAUCGAGGGAGAGCCAUUUGCACCUGCUCCUAUGUCGCCUCCUCCGAAGCUUCCUUUGUUUGAGAGUGAUGAUGGUCAGCAGAUCGACCGGGUUGAAGACUGGUCCGCUGUCCCUGCUCCCGAUAUGGUCGAUCCAGAUGCUCUCAAGCACAGCUCUCAUACCUUGGGUCACAGUGAUGCCGACUACCAAGCGAUGUACGAUGCAACCCAAGAGACUAAAACGGCCAUGAUGAUUCAAGACGAGGAUACGCAGCUGAUGGCUGCCACCCUGGAAGACGCCUGCUCGCCGAGUAGCGACACGGAGAACGACAAGGCGGAGUCCCAUGUGAAGUCUAUCAACCGGUCUGCCACUCCUGACUUCAGCGCUGCUGUUCCGGAAUUCAUCAAGAAUCGCCACGCAUUGGAGGGCGGCUCGGCUCCUCUCACGCAAGAGAAGGCGAUGAGCAUGAUUUUGAAGGACUAUUGCAACAGAGACGAUGUUUCACUCGAGAUCAUCAAGCCGUAUCUGCAACAUGAAGCACUCCAGUCCAGAGCGGAAGCAGCAUUUCAUUCUCCGGAAAGCCAGGCGGCAGUGGACGGAGAGGUGGAAGAAGGCGGCAAGAAAUCUCCAUUCAUAUUCAUGUACGCAGAUGGCGCCGAGGAAGCGCUCAUGAAUCCGCUAGAACUUCAUUCCGGUCUCAAAGAUGCCGGUGGUGCCGAUGAGUCUGCCUCAGAGCCAGCGAGCGAGCAGUUUGACCACAGGGAGCCGGAGGAAGAGGGCAGAGGCGCAUCGGUUUCGCUUGGCCACAGCGGCAGCUUUGACGGACAAGAACGAGGACCUCCGUCGAGCUCGCCACGAGAAAUGAGCCUUUCAGGCUCUGACGAUCCCCCAAGUGGACAUACUAAUGGACCGUCGAGGGACGAAUCUCUGCCGUCACCAGAGCCGGUCCUUGACGACGCGGUCGAAGCGCGACGAGUCCAGGCGGAAGGAUUCAUGCAGGCUCUUCAUGAGUCUGAAUUCUCGCUUGCAAUGGGCGAUGAAGAAGAUGAUGGUACUGAUCUAAUCGAUACCUUUUCGGAGAUGUGA